UGUGGUUAAAUGGCGAAUUAUUCAACACAGAGCGAUAUGCGUGUUACACAUAUAUUUUCUUUGUUUUCCUUAUUGGUGUGCAUACAGUUAUUAGAAGUAGUAGGCCAAUCUACGCCAUCAGCUAUUUUAUCAGAAAAUUCAACUCUUUCAAAAAUAUCUUCAAAUGAAUCGAAUAUGUCCACGCCGUUGUUAGGUGACGCCGAAAACAACCUGUCCACGACUCCGACCACACUUACCUCUGCCUCAGGCUCUGGCUCUGUAACAGAAAAGGUUGAUAAUAACCUAACGACAGUUAAAGCAGAUAAUGAAUCGUCGACCACACAAGUAACACCCACACUCAACACGAGUACUCAGCGCGUUAUUACACCGGCUCCAAAAACGGCCACAACUACUAGCAGUAGCACUACAAUUAUGUCAAUUCCGACUCCCACGCCAUCACCUCUACCAGCAAACACAGAUAUUGGUCAGUGUACCUGUGAUAUGACAUCAGCUGGGUGUGAUGUUAAUUGCUGUUGUGAUACGGACUGCUCCGAUCUCGAUAGACAAGCCUUUAGCUAUUGCACUGACCAUAACUAUCUUACAACCAAUGAGAGGUACUGCUUCCGCGAAGGAAUGAUAGUCACCAACAACUCUGAGUACAAAACUAACCUCACUCAGGAUGGCCUUCUAUGUAUCAUGUUUGAUAAUUACGAUGAGAGAAACUACUACACCAUCCCUGAUAUGAUAGAAACAUUAGAAGAGUUUGAUACAUACAAGCAUCUUUAUGCGCGACCAUCGUACAGUUUUUCAUCUACAAACAACCAGCCUGAAAUAGUGAAACAACAUUAUCAGGCGGGUGACCCUGUCUACACGGUAAGCGAUGCUGACGUGGUUGGAAUGUUAGGGUUGCCUGCACCUCUGACAACCAAACAGUGUGACGAUGGAAACACUGCCCCAUACUUAUAUGACAAGGACUAUGAAUGUGUGAGAUUGUUGGCGGAUGUUGCCAUGGACUGCACACAGGAAGUGGCUCUAGCAACUAGGGUCUACUACCGGGACAUGAAAAUUGUUCCCAAUCCAGCUAUGUUAAAGAGGUCAGCUGCUAGCAAUCCAGUGCCAGCCAAGCAAACACAGAAUGUCACCACUACGCCUCCAUCAACAACCACGCCACCUAGUGGUGAAUCCGCAUCUGAAGCUAGUUCACCCUCUAACAGCAGCGACCAACCGUCAACAGAAACUACGACCAGCAAUGGCUCUUCCACUACUGCAGAGGGCGCCUCUCCGACCGCACUCAGUCGGACGACGCUCUACUCGAAUGAGUCGAUGGUUGCCAUAGAGAUGGAGACACCGGUGAUGUGCAUGAACAGACUGGGCGUGAAGUACGCAUGCAAUGCGACCGAGGAGGAGCUACAAGCGCCAGUCUACAAUAGCACUGCGGGGACGUGCUCCUACGUCGUGCUAGAGGUGACAUACACAAUCACGCACAAUGGCACAGAAGGCAUCACAUCAGCCAGGGUAGCUUUUCUGCUGGGAGAAAUCACAUCUGAGAAAUCGUCACUGCUACAGACCUUUAGGACCGUCUAUCGAUGGGCAGGAGAGAAGGAGGAAGAACUGUUUCUGAGAAGUGGUAAUCCUGGAUAUCAGGUCGACCAACCGAUAAUGGCGGGAAAGCUAGUCACCAAGAACACCUCAUCUGCCAUCGAGUUGAACCAGGAUCGCAACAGUUGGAUGACAUUGCUCACAGCCGAUUCUAAAGGGCUUUGUGUCAGUAAUACUUUGCAGAGAACACCCAUCAAAUUUGGCGUGAACAUGAGAUCAGGCUGCUUAGUAGAGGUGAUGUUCACUAACAUGAGUGAGGCAUGUAAGCUCAUUCAUGAGGGUGCCAUCAGCGCACUGGCAGGCGAUCGUCCAGAUCGUGUGGCCACGUUUGGCACAUCACUGGUAGCAAACCCAGGGGACUGGGUUACCGUCCUGGAAACAAACACGCCACCGGAAAUCGUGGGUUCCGCAACCACCGAGGCCAAAUGCAGUGGUGUUGUUCUAGGACUACACAUCGAAAUAGCUUAUGCCAAUGUUGGAUCUUUAGCAAAUCCUCAAGCAAAGGUCGUAGGCGUUGUGUACCGCUAUGACAAGCCGCAAGAUAUUGCUUUCAUGUGCGUGGCUCCGUACUGCCAGCCCGGCAGGCUGCGCGCGAGGCAGGCGUUCGAGGUGAAGAGCUCCGUGAGCUUCGUCGACGCGAGUCAGCCUCCGUACCGCGCCGCCGCCGAGAUUCCCAUCAUCGACGUCCACCUGCCCGGAGAUUUCUUCUAUCCGUUCCUGACGGCCGUGGGAGGGCGCCCUCGAGCGGCCACCUGGCUGCUGACCGUGUUGCUAGCGGUCUCACUCGCUAGGGGAUCGGUCUGCGUCUAGGAUCAUCUCUAUUCGGCAUCUAGUAUCGCAUCUAGCAGUAUCUAGUAUUGCAUCUCGUAGUAUCUAGUACAGUACACAAUCUAUUAUCCGAAACCCUUGGGACCAGACACGUUUCGGAAUUUGGAAUUUUUCGGAUUU